UUGUAAAAUGGUUUAUUGUGUUGUCAAUAGAUCAAAAAUCAAUACUAAUGUUGAUUGAUUUUUUGUUCUUUGACACAAAAGCUUGAAAUUUGGUAGAAAAAUUUUGCUCUUUGACAUACUGGGAAAGAAAAUAUUUUUUCAAAGAUUGUAUUUUACUAUUCAUGACUAAUAAGAAGUAAUUUUUAUUAACGUUUUAUCUUAUCAAAUUAGUCAUGAAUAUUGAAAUUAAACAAGGAGAUGAGUUUGAUAACUUUGAUGAGUUUGAAAACAAAUUGGCUUCUUUGUCGGCAUUUACAAACAUUUUGUGGACUAAAUGUAACAGCAAAACUGUUACAUUGGCUAAUAAGGGUUUGAGUCAGAAUUCAAAACAUUUUGAUGAGAAGUUUAAAUUUAGAAAUGUAACAUAUUUAUGCAAGCAUGGAGGAGUUAAGAGAACAAAAGGGAAAGGAAUUCGCCCAAAUCAAAGCUCUUUCAAAAUUGGAUGUAGUGCCAAACUUUAUAUUAGUAUUAAUAAAGAUAAAACAAAACUAGUAGUACAGCAACUUCAGGCUAACCAUAACCAUGAAGUCAGCAGAACUGCUUUUAUGCAUUACCCUGAACAACGCCGGUUAAGUGAAAUAGUUAAAGAUGAUAUUGGCACAAUGUUUAAACUUGGUGUUAAAGUCUGUUUUUUAAAAGAAUAUUUAAAAAAUAAAGAAAGAAAAAUAGUAACAUCGAAAGAUUUAUUCAACAUAAAUAAAAAAAUUGAACUAGAACGCAAUAGUGAAAAAUCAAAUGAGGCUUUAUUGAUCGAUGAACUCAUGUCCUUCUGUGAAAAAGAUCCUGAUGCAGUUAUAUCUGUUCAAGUUGAUUCAGACGGUGUUCUGCAGUUUCUUUUACUAAUAAGUGGAGAUAUGCAGCAGGUGUUUGAUAUGUUUCCUGAAGUGCUAAUGAUUGACUGCACAUAUUGCACAAAUAAAUUAAGAAUGCCUUUAUUCACUCUGUUAGUUGAGGAUGGAAAUGGAACAGGUCAGGCUGUUGGUUAUGCUUUCAUUGCACAAGAAACUGAAAACACUCUGCAUGAUGUGUUUUCAGAAAUUGAACUUAUACUGAAUCUUAACCAAGUAAAGGUUGUCAUUCUUGACAAGGACCUGAAAGAAAUAGGUGCAGUUUCCAAGGUUAUGCCUACAGCAGAAAUCCAACUAUGUAAGUUUCAUGUUUUGCAAGCAUUUUAUAGAUUUUUAAAUAAACAAGGUUUAGCUAGUAUAGAAAAAGAUAAUCUAAAAAAAAUAUUUAAAUCGCUUGUGUAUGCAAAAUCAAAGAAAUCGUUUGAUAUAAAUUUGGGUCAUCUUGCUACAGUUGCACCAGAAGUUGUAAUGGCAUACUACAACAAAAAUUGGGGCUUGCCACACCAAGUUAAGUAUUGGGCAUACUAUGAAACUAUCAAGUAUGUUAAUCUUGGUAAUACAACAAAUAACAGGUCCGAGUCCCAUAACCAAAAAAUUAAAAACAUAUUGUCUAGGAAAAUGUCUUUAGCAGAGGCAGUAAAAUGUAUCCUUUUGUUACAUACUUGUAAAUUUGAACAAAUGGCUCAUAUUGAGUUUAAUCAAUCUUUUAAAGAAUCAUAUAGAUUAGGUACUGAUGAAGAUGUAGUUACAGAUGAUAUUGUAAAAGUUCUAACUCCAUAUGCUGCUGGAAUUGUAAUUGCAGAAUUAAAAAAGUCUCGCACAAAUUUGUUAGUGUUAAAUAAAGUAUGUUCGUGUCCUUUGCAGGUUACUAUGAAACUUCCUUGUCGACAUACAAUGGCAGUGAAAAUAGUAAAUGGUGAUGCUAUUUUUAAAGCAGAUGAUGCAGGAGAGCGAUGGCAUUUAAGCUAUCAAAAAAAAAGUUGGCUUUCUCGUAAGACCAGAAGUUUGCAUAAUCAGGCUAACAAUGUUUUUCAUUUUUCAACUAAUAAAACCGAAAAAAAGACACUUAAAGUGCCAUUUUCUAAAGACCAGAAAUUUAAAACUGCCAUGAAUCUAUGUAAACCAAUUUCGGAUUAUUUAUCCACUCUCGGAAUGAACGAGUUUGAAGAAAAAAUUGAUUCCUUAAAUUUAAUUUAUAAAUUGUGGUUAGCUGGGAAAAAAGUUAUAAUUUCUGAUAUGGAAGCGCAAGCAUUGCCUGAAAUCUCUAAUUUGCCCAAAGUGUUUGCUUUGCCUGAAAUCUCAGAUUUGCCUGAAAUGUCAGAUUUUCUAGAAACGUCAGAGUUGCCCGAAAUGUCUGAUUUGCCAGAGAUGUCCAGUUCUCCAAACUUUUCUGAAUCUUUGUUCUCUGCUUUACCAUCUAGUCUAAAUUUAAAUGAACAACUUCAAAAUCAAGGAAACGUUUUAUCUCCAAAUCAAUUUUCUCUAAAUGACUGCGUAAACUUCAAAGAUCUUCCUACAACUAAAUCUGAAUGCUGCACCGGCCAAGCAAUAAACAUUUUUAAUAAUUUAGCAAAUGUAUGCUUACCUAAAGUCCCUCCAGUUGUAGGAAAUGUCAAAAUUAAAAAAGCAAGGCUCAAAAGGAAGCGGGGUUUGUAUAAUGAUCCUUACCAUCAAUCGUGUCAGCGAAUUUUAGGCAAAACUGCUCAUAAGGAACAGUUAUUAAAAAAGCAACACUCUGUCAUAGAUCUUCAACUAUUCUCCAUUAAGGACUCAUUCGAGAUGUUAUCUGAUUUGCACAUAAACAAAGCACAAAAGCUUUUAUCCAUGCAGUUUCCAGAUGUAAAAGGAUUACAAGACCUUAUUCUUGGGUCAAAACUUCAUUUUAGAGUGCAAUCUGGAAAGUUUGUUCAAAUUUUACAUAAUGGUGCAAUGCAUUGGCUUACCAUUUCAAAUUUUUUAAGUACCCAUCUUAACUCAGUUGAUGUUUUUGAUUCCUUAUAUUAUGACUUAAGUGUUAGUGGAAAGAUGCAAGUAGGAUCAAUCAUGAUGGUUAAAGAACCUUUUUUGAAAUUACAGUUCAAAGAUUUCCAAAAACAAUCUGGUGGGGUUGAUUGUGGUCUUUUUGCAAUUGCAGCGGCAACAGAUUUAUGUUACAAUUAUGAUCCAAGCAUAAAAUGCUAUAAGCAAGAACUUAUGCGAGAUCAUUUGUUAAAAUGCUUCAGUGACAAUUACUUAACGCCAUUCCCUAUAGAGACUAAUGAACGAAAAAAGAAAAAACUACCUAAACCAAUUAAUGUACCACUAUAUUGCAUAUGUCGUCUUCCUGAUAAUAAAGAAGAAAAAAUGGUUAAAUGCAACAAUUGUAAGGAGUAGUUUCACGUUUCAUGCCUUUCCAUUCCAAAGAAUAUAUUUGAUAAUUCUGACAACUCUUUACAUUGGCAUUGUAAUUCAUGCAGCUAACUAAGUAUGUCGAGAUAUCAAAGCUAAUCAGUAUAAACGGUAUUAUAUAAGUUUAACCAAGUUUCUUUUCUGUUUCAAGUUGGUGAAGAUAGUCAUAUCCGAGGCGAUGAUGAAAAUGAUAUUUAAAAAAAGUUUUGCUAACCAGAAUAUAAUUAUUACACAUU